AUGGGAAUCCAAAACUGUUUGGGAUCACUUGUAAGAAUUGUCCUCGGAGCUGCCUUCGCCUACAUCGGCGCACUCAAAUUUCUGCACUUAUGGGAGAAGUCAAUUCCACAAGCAAACAGAUUCUUUGAAAUGACGGUUGGACCGAGAAAUGACUUUGUUUCAGAAGUCUAUCUUAGAGGGUUCAGCGCCCUCCAACUUCUAGCAGGGUUUUUGAUUAUUAUUAACCAAUCCAAGACUGGAGCUCAACUUUUGGCGUUGUCAAUUCUUGCUUUCUUGGCUACUACUUAUAACCCAUAUAUUAACGGGUUCGGAUACGAACAGAUGACCUUGUUUAUCAAUGAAUUUUCUCUUAUUGGAAUCUGCUUCAUGCUUUAUGGAUACGCAAAUCAUUGUGAAAAUGAUUCAGAGCCUAAAGAAUGCCCAAUGAAGCAUAUGGUCAACAAGGAAACGAACCAGGAAAGUCAUAAAGGAGGAAAUAGUAAAAAAGGAAAAGGAAAGAAUAAAAAGGGAAAAGGAAAGAGUAAAACUGAUUAAGAUA